AUGCCUGAUUAUAUCGUACGUAUAACAGGACCCGAUGGUAUUCGUUUAUCAAAUUUAUUACAGCAACAAGCUUUACAAUUAAAUGAUGUAUUACGUUGGCAUCAUGAUCAUGUACAAAUAGACCGCACUGAAAAUUCUUUACGUAUGACAAUAAAACCAAAUAAUAACAUUGAGAUUGUCAAUUUACCUUUGGAAGAGAAUGAAAAAAAACGAGAAAAAGUAAAUGAAGAGAAGAAAAAAUCUACCAAUCAAAAAACAAGAAGUAUAUUUGAAAAAGAAGAAAAAAGUUUGGUUUUUUUUAUUCCUCUUAACCAACAAACUCCAAGUGACAGCGAAGUAGAAGUAGAAGUAGUAGACGAACGAGAAGGGGAAGAAAAAGAACAUUAUAACCAACAUUCUACCUCUACUUUACUCCAACAAGAAGAACAGAAAAAAAUAAAAACCAACGACGACGACGAAGACGACGACGGCAGAGAACGGGUAUUACUCCUUGAAAGUAUUGCUUCAUUGUUGCACUUUGUCAAUGCAAAUGGUAGUAACGUUGGCACGCUCGAACUCAUUCAAGGUCGUCGCUUAAGGCUUUCGUUAACUGACAAUUCUCCUCUUUCACAACAACAACAACAAAUUGAAUUUAAUGAAGAUGAUACAAAAAUUCUCUAUGAAAAUCUUAAUUUAGACAUCGAUUCUUGUACGCAAUAUUUGGUUGAUCAUAUUUUUGAUAAAAUUGAAUUUGAUAAAGAAAAUCAAUAUCUUAUUAUACAUUAUCGUGGACAAAUGUUGAAAUUAAAAAAUUUAAAACAAAAAAUCUUUCAGCCUUCGGCUAAAAAACUUCGAUUAACAUCAAAUAAAACAUCAACAACACCAACAACUAUAAAUGAAGACCAUGUUAAUAUGAUAACAGAUUGGCUGGAUCAAUUAAAUGGUGAGAAAUUAAUAACAAUAACUGAACAAAAUGAUAUUGUCAUACUUCCUAAUGGUGAAGAUGAUCAAGAACAGCAAAUAUUUCUUAAUCAUGAUGAUGUUGAUGCAUAUAUGGAAAAUAAAAUUAAUACAUCAAAACCAUCGGAUGAACCAGAAAUUAUUGGCAUGAAUGAUAUAGCACGAAUUUUACUUAUAUAUAAUUAUAUUCAAUAUUCAAAUGGACAUAUACAGUUUGGUUCUCAACAUAUAGCAUUAGAUAAAAAUGAAUUAACAUGGUUAAAAUCAAUUAUACGUGGUGUAAGACCUGAUACAGGAAAUCGUGAAACUGAAAUUGAUUUAUUUGAUGGAGAACAUACUAAAGUACUUCAUGUACCAUACGAACAUAUGCCACUAACGAAUGAUCAACGUGUUGUUGCAGAUUAUCUCUUCCGUAAUGGACAUGUUCGAUAUGAUGUUGAUACAGGAAAUUAUGCUUAUAGUUAUGUGGCACCAGAUAUACCAUUAGAAGAUGAAGAUAAUUCAACUGAACGUAUUGGUCAACGUCAAGUUCUUUUAUCACAUAUUCGUCAUAUUCAUGUUGAUGAAGAAAAUGAACGUAUAGAACUUGAAUUUCUUCAUGAUCCAAAUCAUCGUCUUGAAUUGCCAACACGUUGGUAUCGUCAAGCAUUAACACAUGAUUUUGAACGUGCUUAUAUUGUUGAUAUGUUACUUGCUAAUGGUGGUACUAUUGAUCAUGAUACAUUUGUAUUCAAUGAUCGUAAAUAUUCAUUACAAGUUCCAAGAGUUUCAACAACUUCAUCUUCAGCACCAGCAACAAAUCUUCAAACAAUAAAAUUAUCAAAUAAACAAAAACAAGAACUUAUUGAAAAAUAUGUUGAAAUAAUAAAUACACAAGAUGGUAUUAAACUAGAUAAUUCAAAUGAUUUAUUAGUAUUAGAAAAUCAAUCUGAUGGUUCACAAUUAUAUUUAACACCUGAACAUACUAAAUUUAUACAUCAAAAUAAAUAUCGACGACAAGAUGUUACACGUUUCCUUACUAAACAUGGUCAAAUAAAACAAGAUGAAUUCGGUAAUUGGUUAUUACAUUAUAAUAAUCAAUAUGUUCAAUUUCCACCAUCUAUUAUACCAGCAACAACAGCAUCAUCAAAUAAUAUGUCAAAUGUAAUACGUUCAUUAGGUCAAAAAUUUUCACGUCAACAACCAUCAGGAGCCGCAGCAGCAACAGUACCAACGAGUGAUGAUGAUGCAGAAUUUCGUGCUCGUUUAGCACAAGAAACGCAAGCUGAAUUUAUUCAUCGUUAUCAUGCAACUAUUGAAUAUAUGUAUACUCAUGGUUUAAUAACAAUUAAUAAGCGUUUAAAACUUAUUCAAAUACAUUUUUCAAAUCAAACAUUAACUAUUCCACUUGAUCAAUUACAUACAAUUGUUGAUGCACGUACAUUCCAAACAACGGCUGAGAAUGUUAUACCAUUUGAAAGUCAUCAAUUAUCAAAAUGGUUAUUAGAUCAUUCAGAUACAAUAAGUAAUACACGUCAUGGUUAUAUACGAUUAACACAUAAAAAUAAAACAUAUGAUUUUCCAUUAAUAAAUCCUAAUAAUCGUCCAAUACAAUCACAAUCAGCAGUAUCAUCAAUAGUAAAACGUUUUGGUUUAACAUCAAAAAGUAUAGCAUUACUAACUAAAAUUGAUUUAACAACACCAGAAAAUCAAACCCGUUGUGCAACUCAUUUACUUGAUAAACUUGAUCAAUUUGGUUCAAUUAAUAUUGAUAAUGAAACACGUACACUUAUUCUAUCAAUGACACCGGAUAAUCAACAACAGUUAGUUGUUCAAAAUCCUGUAGUACCUGUUACAAAACAAACAUUAAUUGAUUAUUUAACAAGUCAUGGUCGUUUUACAUUGAAUGCUGAUCGAACAAAUAUUGAAUAUCGUCAUUAUGAUGAUGGAAGAGUCUAUCAUUUUGAUUCCUAUGUACGUGAUUGGGAAGAUGCACUUGGAGAAACGAAUGAAGAACGUAUUAUACGUAUAUUAGGAGAAAUUCUAUCAUUAAAUGGACGAUUUUUACAACGUGCUGAUAGACAACUAAUAAUAUCAUUAAGAAAUGGUGAACGUUUCAUAAUUCCAAGUAAUAUUGGUGAACAAUUACUUGGUCCUAUUAAUGGACAAACAAUAGCAGAAUUACUUGUAAAAUAUGCUGAUAAUAUUUAUGAAGAACAAGAUGGAAAAUAUCUUGUUAUUCAUCUUGCUAAUCAAACUUUACGUUUACCACAACAAAAACAAUUAAUGUCAAAUAAACAAUCAUCAGGAGCAACAACAGGAGCAACAUCGAAAGGAGCAGAUGAUCCAAAAUUAAAAUUACUCUUUCCAUUUAAUAGAAACUUAAGACAAAUACAAAAGACACCAUCAACAUCAACAUUAAAUAUUCAACCACCAGAUGCAACAAAUGGUUAUGCUAUUGAUCCAUUACUUAUGCUUGCUAAUUAUAUAUAUCGUGCUGGUUCUAUUUAUCAAGAUGAUCUUGGUCGUUUAGUUAUAAAAAUGAAUGAAGAUGAAAUAGUUGUACCACGUAUAGAAGCAAUAAAUGCUAUUGAAACAAUCAAUACUUCACCACAUCGUACAGGUACAAUAAUUGCACGUUUAAUUGAUCGUAUCGGUAAAGUACAAUCAAAUAAAGCUGGUGGUUUAAUAAUAACAAUUGGUAAAAGUUCAUUUGAAUUAUCAAAAGAUUUAAUUGAUCGAGCUAAUCAAUUACAUCGUGAAACAAUUGAUAUUGAAAAUGAUCUUCCUAUUCAAGAUCAAGAUAUAGUUCAAACUGGUUUAAAUGGUGCAAUGACAUUAGCUGGUCGUCAUAAUCGUCAACCAUAUGGACCAACAUUAUUACCAUUAUUACGUCAAUCAAAAUCAGUUGGUAGUUUAUCAACAUCAACUAUAGGACAUCCAUGGUUUACUGAUGAUCAACAAAUGCUCUAUUCAAAAGAUGGUCGUGGUGAUGCAAGAUAUUUAAAUUUAGAUAAUUAUUCAUUAGCAUGGCAAAAAGAAGCACAUAAACAUGGUAUUGGUUGUGAAGUACGAACACUACGUAAUGUUGCACCUUAUUUAGAUGUAUUAGGUUAUGUUGAAAAUGAUCCAAAGAAAGGUUUAAAUAUUAAUGAUUUAACACGUUUACAUCCUGAAAUGUUCAAGGGUGGUAAAUUACCUGAUAAUCAAUAUUUAACAAAAUUAGAAAAUGAUCGUGCACAAGUACAAACAACAUUAUGUCCAAAACCACGUAUACUUGUUAUACCUGAUGAUGAAACAAUGUUAUCAUCAGAUCGUAAAACACGUUUUUAUGUUCAAUAUAUGUAUGAUCAUGAUGCUGUACUUGGUGCUGAUCCAGCUUAUGUUAUGAUGUUACCAAGUCGUUAUCCUGUUCGACCAACAAGACCACAACUGAUUGCUCCACAUCAUUAUCGUGAUAUAGCUUUACGAGAUGCACCUGUUUAUGUUCAUAAGAAAGGUGAAGGUGAAGUUUUCUUUGAAAAUCUUGCUCAAUAUUUAUCAGCUGAACAUCCCGAUGUUUCACCACGUACUGUUCGUCGUAUGUUAAAAUAUGAUAAAGGAGAUGAAUAUCUCGAAUAUUUAAGCAAUAAAAUGCCAGCAGCCGAUGCUGCACGACUUUUACAAGAAAGUGAAGAACCAAUUGGUGAAGCAUCAGUACGUUAUGAUCAUAUACCAACAAGAGUGAGUGGUAGUAGAACAAACUUAACUGAGAAUGAUGAAGAAGAAGAUGUUGAUGGUGAUCUUGAUGAAUAUAUUAUUGAGAAUGAAAAUCGACGACGAAUUGUUUCACCACGUACUUAUUAUAAUCUUCAAAAUGGUUCAAUAAACAGUUAUGAAGAUCAAAGACAACCAGUUAUCUAUGAAAAUACUCCAUUGAAAUCAUCAAUGUCAGGAUCAAAAUUUGUUGAAAGAAGUCCAUCAACUUCAAGUCUUGGUUCGGAUAUGCUUAUUGCAAAUACAUUUCCAACACGUCGUUCUGUACUUGGCAAUGCUCCUUCAAUAAAUAUUCCAAUAUCUCGUAAUGAUAUCAAUCGUACAACUACAAAUCCAUUAAGCAGUCUCACCGAUGAGAACUAUGGCCGACCUGUUGUGCGUGGCAGAACAAUUAAUAGCGGUAAUGGUCAAAAUUCUGCAUCACCGGAAAAAACGGUGACAUUACCUCGGAGUGCUACUUUAUCUGGACAGAGUAAUGAUGGAGAGAAUGAAGGUCGUAAUACUGUUUCACGCAGUACUAGUGCUACCGCAAAAAAUUCUAUUGAUUUAAUUUUUUUUCUUGCUUUCAUAGAAGUAAAUACAAGUAAAUCGGAUACAGUGAAAUCAACAACAUCAUCAUCGGCUGCGUCUAGUCGAGAGGCUUCACCAUCACGAACAAGUGCUAGUAAAGGUGGCGGUGAUGAUACAAAGAAAGAGAAGAAAUCGAAAUUUCGAACACCAUCAUUUCUUAAGAAACGUAAAGAAAAAAAAGAAGCUACUCAUAAAGAUAAACCCUAA